AUGUCAGUAAAUCCAGCCAACCCUCCACGACCCGCUCUCAUUGCAACAGACGAAGCUGGUUUUGUAUAUAUUACAACCUUAGAAAGAUGGCCAGUAAUCGUGACAAAAAUUGUCGACGAUGUUUAUAAAACUCGUCAUUCACUUGACCUUUCAGAGGUCGAUAAACUUAAAGAGGGCAAAGAAAUUAUUGAUUCUAUAGGAGAAUUGAAAUAUCAAAUGCAACGGAGAAAGCCGUUGAU